AUGGAUUCGGAGAGGCAAUCGAUAGUAAAAGGUUUUCCGUGGAUUACACUAUUUUGUGGGAUUUCAUGUGGACUAAAUAUUGGGAUAGCUACAAUAAUCGUGAGAAUUUCAAGAAAUCAACACUCACUUCGAGAAAAUUUCUACAAAACCUCAGUGGUUCAGACACUACUGGAAAUCUUGUGGGCUCUCGUUUUUUUCAUUUUCAUUCUUCCCGGUCAAUUGGACAUUUAUGCAAUCAGUGACGAGCAGAGCUAUUUCCUUCAAACAAUCUCGCAACCCGUUCGAAUGUUAUUGGUUACGGGCGCAAUUUUAACGGCCAUCGAGCGAUUAUCGGUCGCCCAUGUGUCGGAAAUGGGCUGGAAACUCUUCCGUCGAGCUCUCUUUCUCGCAUUCUUUCUUGUCCUCCCGACUUUCCUCGUGGCAAUCAUUUUUCGAAAUGAUGAAUGGCACUCGAGAGGUGACUGCAUACAAUGCGAUAAUAUGGUUGAUUGCAUGAUCGAAUUCAUUCUCGAGGGAGCAUUGCUCGGUUUUUCCGUUGCUGUCAUCGUCUCACUCUUGCUCUCUUUCAUCGGACUUUCCCCAAUCAAAACCUGCUCUAGACAAGAAAAAACCCACUACCGAAUCGCCUCAUCAAUCACAAUUAUCAACUAUUUCCCCCUUUUGGCUGAGACGGUUCGAAGUGCGCUCGCUUUCUCACAGCAUCGGAGCCUGAUUUACACAAUGGAUAACAGUCUAUUUACGGCCAGUAUCGCCACUCUGACACUGGGCUGUUGUUUACGCCCAUGGCUCUUGCUGAUCUUUGAUCCAGCAAUCCGCUCUCCGAUUUUCUCCUCUUUUGGCAAUCGUUGUUGUUUUGCGAAAAUCUACUCGUCUGCUUCUUCCAAUUCUUCACUUCAUUCACAAGGUGGAAUUGCUGCCGAUAAACAAUCGCAAACCAAUCAUCACCCAAGCAACUCGGUGAAAACGAGCGCCAUCUCGAGCGGACGUUUCCCAAGGAGAUUGAUACCGAUGAAGCAC